AUGGUGGCCCAAAACCUUCCAGUGCUUGAAGAGAAGACUGAGAUCAGCACCGCAUCGGACAAAAACUUCAUCUACUUGAAUCUUGCUUCCAUCUUGGCGUCAGGCUACUAUCCUCAUCCAGGCAUCCUCGCCGCGGCAGUACCUCCUUCUACACCCGAGUUGGACGAGGCAAGAAGACGCUUGGAAGCUUGGCGUCUCGUGGAACGUACCGAAGAUUCUUCGGUCAUUCACCCACGCUUCAACCCGACAUCAUCAUUGGACCAGGCUAUAUCCACCUACGUCACGAUGGAGUCGAACAUACACUCACUCAUACUGCUGGGACUUGUGAAGCCAGAAAUGCCGCCCCGCGUCCAGCGGGUCCUCGUAGAUAUAGCCGCGCUGGUCUCGCAAGGCCUCACAUCGUUCUUUAACCUUAGCACGACAGGGGGUCAACGAGAUCACAGGAUGACUGUGCAGAGCCUUGGAGAAACGGCUGGCUUCGCGAGAAAACACUGCCACAAGGGCCUGUUGUGGCAAGCCCUGGCUUACCUGCACAGUUUCAGCAAGACUACACUGCGGGGUGAAUCCGGCCGUGUUCAACCACCGAACAAAGUUCUAGACGAGGCUGUCCGAUACUACGAGCUCAAAGAGGUGAUCAAACGUGCGGGCUACAUGAGCAGUCUGCUGAAGAUCCCCUUUGCGCACGAGGCACACCUGCUGUCUGACGAAGAGUUCCCCAAGGUCGAGGAACUCGUCGCAGCGGCAUUCGCCUUCAACUUCAUGAGGGUGGCUGUGGAGCAGGUCGGCUACUUUGCGCGGGACAUCACCUCCGAUGUGGUCCUGGAAAAGGAGGCAGACGGCGAGGCUGUCGACUGGGAUGUCCUCAAGAAAGAGGCCAAGGAUGGCGGAGAUCUCCAGGUCAUGGCCAUGUACACCGACUUGUGGAUGGACGUCGUCGAAGACGACCUCAAAGUCUACCGCGCCAUCGGGACUACGGCUAUCUCGAACUCGGCCUUCUGCAAUGGAUUCAUGGACCUCGGAAUCGAGCACUACGGAUCGCUGCUUCCUCCCGUCAGGCCUGACUGUCGUUCUCUCGUGCCAAGGGGCUGA